AUGCAGCGACCUGUUGGGCCGACCAUGAACUUUCGUCCACGAACUUUGGCCCGCGAACCUUGCUGGCUGGCCAGCCUGACAACAGCGCGCACCAGCACGCACCAAUCUCACGACCUCAUGAAAGACUCCAAUAGCUCGUCCAUGCGCAUGCGCUUCCUCCGCCGCAGAGGCAAGCCCGUCUCCACCGUCGAGGUUUGGGCCCUGGGCUUCAUGAACCCCGCCGCCUCCUGGUGCCGCUUGCUCGUGGUUCCCGUGGUUCCCUCGCCCGCGACGGCGGCGGCAGCGUCCCCCGUGCGGUAG